AUGGAGCCUCCUCCACCUCCAGACAUGGAGCCUCUCCUGCCACAGCUGCUGCCUCCACCAGAGCUCAUCCCCCCACUGUGGGGACUGCAUCUGCCACUGCCAGAGCUGGAGCCCCAACCUCCAGAGCUUUGCCCACCUCCAGAGCUUUGGCCACCAGACAUGGAGCCUCCUCCACCUCCAGACAUGGAGCUUCCUCCACCUCCAGACAUGGAGCCUCUUCUACCACAGCUGCCAGAACUGGAGCCCCAACUGCCAGAGCUUUGCCCACCUCCAGAGCUUUGCCCACCAGACAUGGAGCCUCCUCCUCCACCUCCAGACAUGGAGCCUCCUCCACCUGAGCUUCCUCCACCUCCAGACAUGGAGCCUCUUCUACUGCCACUGCCAGAGCUGGAGCCCCAACCUCCAGAGCUUUGCCCACCUCCAGACAUGGAGCCUCCUCCACCUCCAGACAUGGAGCCUCCUCCACCUGAGCUUCCUCCACCUCCAGACAUGGAGCCUCUUCUACUGCAGCUGCCAGAGCUGGAGCCCCAGCCUCCAGAGCUUUGCCCACCUCCAGAGCUUUGGCCACCAGACAUGGAGCCUCCUCCACCUCCAGACAUGGAGCCUCCCCCUCCUGAGCUUCCUCCACCUCCAGACAUGGAGCCUCUUCUACUGCCGCUGCCAGAGCUGGAGCCCCAACCUCCAGAGCUUUGCCCACCAGACAUGGAGCCUCCUCCUCCACCUCCAGACAUGGAGCCUCCUCCACCUGAGCUUCCUCCACCUCCAGACAUGGAGCCUCUUCUACUGCCACUGCCAGAGCUGGAGCCCCAACCUCCAGAGCUUUGCCCACCUCCAGACAUGGAGCCUCCUCCACCUCCAGACAUGGAGCCUCCUCCACCUGAGCUUCCUCCACCUCCAGACAUGGAGCCUCUUCUACUGCAGCUGCCAGAGCUGGAGCCCCAGCCUCCAGAGCUUUGCCCACCUCCAGAGCUUUGGCCACCAGACAUGGAGCCUCCUCCACCUCCAGACAUGGAGCCUCCCCCUCCUGAGCUUCCUCCACCUCCAGACAUGGAGCCUCUUCUACCACAGCUGCCAGAACUGGAGCCCCAACUGCCAGAGCUUUGCCCACCUCCAGACAUGGAGCCUCCUCCACCUCCAGACAUGGAGCCUCCUCCACCUGAGCUUCCUCCACCUCCAGACAUGGAGCCUCUUCUACUGCAGCUGCCAGAGCUGGAGCCCCAGCCUCCAGAGCUUUGCCCACCUCCAGAGCUUUGGCCACCAGACAUGGAGCCUCCUCCACCUCCAGACAUGGAGCCUCCCCCUCCUGAGCUUCCUCCACCUCCAGACAUGGAGCCUCUUCUACCACAGCUGCCAGAACUGGAGCCCCAACUGCCAGAGCUUUGCCCACCUCCAGACAUAGAGCCUCCUCCACCUCCAGACAUGGAGCCUCUCCUGCCACAGCUGCUGCCUCCACCAGAGCUCAUCCCCCCACUGUGGGGACUGCAUCUGCCACUGCCAGAGCUGGAGCCCCAACCUCCAGAGCUUUGCCCACCUCCAGAGCUUUGGCCACCAGACAUGGAGCCUCCUCCCCCUCCAGACAUGGAGCUUCCUCCACCUCCAGACAUGGAGCCUCCUCCCCCAGACAUGGAGCCUCCUCCUCCUCCAGACAUGGAGCCUCUUCUACCACAGCUGCCAGAACUGGAGUCCCAACUGCCAGAGCUUUGCCCACCUCCAGAGCUUUGGCCACCAGACAUGGAGCCUCCCCCUCCUGAGCUUCCUCCACCUCCAGACAUGGAGCCUCUUCUACCACAGCUACCAGAACUGGAGCCCCAGCUGCCAGAGCUUUGCCCACCUCCAGACAUGGAGCCUCCACCUCCAGACAUGGAGCCUCUUCUACCGCAGCUGCCAGAGCUGGAGCCCCAACCUCCAGAGCUUUGCCCACCAGACAUGGAGCCUCCUCCACCUCCAGACAUGGAGCCUCCUCCACCUGAGCUUCCUCCACCUCCAGACAUGGAGCCUCUUCUACUGCAGCUGCCAGAGCUGGAGCCCCAGCCUCCAGAGCUUUGCCCACCUCCAGAGCUUUGGCCACCAGACAUGGAGCCUCCUCCACCUCCAGACAUGGAGCCUCUCCUGCCACAGCUGCUGCCUCCACCAGAGCUCAUCCCCCCACUGUGGGGACUGCAUCUGCCACUGCCAGAGCUGGAGCCCCAACCUCCAGAGCUUUGGCCACCAGACAUGGAGCCUCCUCCCCCUCCAGACAUGGAGCUUCCUCCACCUCCAGACAUGGAG